AUGUUGUUGGAGAAACUUGUUGUAAGACCAUCAGAUGGUUGCGGCAAUGUCUACAUCUGGACAACUUCAAUGAAUAUGUCAGGGCAAUCUGAAUUUCUUGUUUAUUUUCCUUUUGUCUUGCUAUGUACCUUGCAGUUGCCCAGAUGUCUUUGUCUCAUGUUUUCUGUACUCAGCUCUAGUCAUGACCAGUAUGGUUUAUUUCAGGAUCACAACCAUGCUCAAUGUGGAAUUACAGAGUGUAGUAAACUGAAGGAUUUGAAGACUGCAUUUCUGACAGAUGACGCAACAACAAUUUGUUUAGAGAUUCUGGAGAAAGGAGAUCUUCAAGUUGCAGGGAAAGAAAGGGAGGCUCAAUUGUCACUUCAGUUUCGUGAUAUUGCCACCAUUGUCAUGGAAAACACCAUUAAUCCUGACACGAAACGCCCUUACUCGAUAACUAUGAUCGAACGUUUGAUGCAUGACAUCCAUUUUGCUGUUGAUCCUCAUAAAAGUUCCAAAAAGCAGGCACUAGAUGUUAUUCACCGGCUUGUAAAGAAAUUUCCCAUCAAAAGAUCUCCAAUGAGACUUCGACUUACUGUUGGUGAGCAGAAUUUUUCCACUGUAUUGGAGAAGAUAGGCACUUGGAAUGGUGAGAUUGUGACUAUGGAUGAAUCUGGAACUCAAUUUUCACUUUCUCAUUGGCUUUCUGGCAUUUGUUUUCAUGAUCCUGCUUAA